AUGGAACCAAAGAGGAAAUCUAAAAAAGGUAAAACGGCUGUACUGACAUCUAGUCCGUAUAAGUUAGAAUUAGAACUUGAAAUAAACACGAAGGAGGCAAUAGAAACAAUGAAAAAGGAAAAAGCUAAGAAAAAAAUAAAUGAUGAUAAGCACGAAGAUAGUGAAAGAAGUAACAAAAAAAUAAAAGUUUGUCCUUCCAAAGAUGAACAAAAUGAUCCCUGCAGGGAUAAAGAGUGCCUAUUUGGUUCUCGUUGCACUGUCAAUCCAGAUGGCCGUAACGCAACCUGCAUCUGUCCAGAUAAAUGUCCUAAUUACGGUGAUCAUACAACUUCUCGCCCUGUCUGCGGUUCCGAUGGCGUCAACUAUGGAAACCAAUGUGAAUUGCAACGUGCUGCUUGCUCGUCUCAGACCAACAUCACAAUUAAGUUUUAUGGAAAAUGCGAUCCUUGUGCCGGUGUCCAAUGCACCGAGCCUGAAGUGUGCCAGUUGGAUGAGCACCGCAACCCCGUCUGCCGAUGUGGAGACCCCUGUCCCUUGGAGUUUACUCCAGUGUGCGGCUCCGACGGAAAAACUUAUUCGAAUGAGUGUACCCUGCGACAGGAGGCCUGCCGAGCCAGAAAGCUGAUGAAUAUUAUUUACCGGGGAAAAUGCAGUUCAGGUAUUAAUCCUUGCAUAAGCGUUCACUGUGUGGCUGGAGAAGAAUGCAUCAUCAACAAAUUUGGAAUUGCCCAUUGCCAGUGUGCAGACACUUGUGAGCCCGUUAUGAGACCUGUUUGCUCUAGAGAUGGAAGAACGUUUCCUUCGGAAUGUGAGCUGAAGAGAACGGCCUGCCUAACAAGAACAAACAUGAAAGUAGCAUAUACAGGAAUAUGCGGCGAGAAUGGUCCUUGCAGCGAGCACGAAUGUCAAUUUGGAGGUACUUGUAUAGAGAGGGCCGGAACGGCACAUUGUGAAUGUCCGGAGUGUCCCGCAGAAUUCGAACCAAUUUGUGGUUCCGACGGAAUUUCUUACAGUAAUGAAUGUAAGCUGAGACUGGAGGCAUGUAAACAUCGAAGGAAUAUUACUGUCCUGUAUCGUGGACCUUGCAACGGUUGCGAGAGCAAAAAGUGUGAUUUUUACUCAGAAUGUGAAAACGACGGAACAUCAGAAGGACAUUGUGUUUGUCCACAGUCAUGUCCUGAUCCUAAGUUAAAUAAUGGAACAGUUUGUGGAACUGAUGGUAUUACUUAUUCAAGUGAAUGUGAGCUUCGACAGGCUUCGUGCAAAACAAAGCAAUACAUAAUAUUAGCCUACAAAGGAAAUUGUGAUUUAUGUCAAGGUGUGCAGUGUAAAUUCGAAGGCCGGUGUGAAGCCGGAGAAUGCGUUUGUCCUAAAAAUUGCGAAGAAGCAGGUGAAGAGCCAGUAUGUGCUUCAGAUAUGAUGACAUACCCCAACGAAUGCGAAUUACAAAAGGCAAGGUGUGCAAAAGGUUCCAAAGGUGCUCCAAUUUCAGUUGUGUUCUAUGGAGAUUGCAGGGAGAAAUUUCCCUCUGCUGGUUCCCUAAGCACUACCUUUCCUAAUUUAACGGAACAAAGAACUAAUCAGAAGACAGGUCAAGAUCUGGAAGUAGUAGUGCCACAGCUUACCGGAAAUUCUAUACUAGACGGUGUUACUUCAGAAAAAGAAGCUUGCAAAGACAUACUGUGCGAUUUUGAGGCCACUUGUGAAGUAGGUCCUGAUAACUUCCCGAGAUGUACGUGCCAGUUUAACUGUGCAAACGCCUAUUCAAGUCCAGUCUGUGCUUCUGAUCUUCGAAUUUAUUCGUCACUUUGCGCUAUGAAGAUGGAAGCAUGCCAGCGGCAGGAGGAACUCAGACUUAGACCUCUGGAUUUGUGUCAAGGGAUGGAAGUUAAACCUUGCAAAGGCGAGAAGCCGUUGACGGACCCUGUGACAGAAAGAGAACUUGACUGUGGUAAUGGUCCCUUUAGACAGGACUGUCCAGCGGGAAGUUAUUGCCAUCAAACCGCCAAAUUUUCGAAGUGCUGUCGAAAAAACGAAGCAGUAGUAGAGAAAAAAGACUGCGAAGAAAGUUGGUUCGGUUGUUGCCCAGACGGAAAAACACCGGCUCAAGGUCAAAAUUUUGGUGGCUGUCCAUCGAUUUGUGAGUGUAACAAACUAGGAUCCUACUCAGAUAUUUGCGAUCCAGAAACCAAGCAGUGCAAAUGCAAGCCUGGCGUUGGGGGAACUAAAUGUGAUCGAUGUGAACCUGGUUUCUGGGGACUACCGAAAAUAUCUGCCGGCUACCAAGGAUGCAUACCUUGUGGUUGCUCAACUUUUGGUUCCGUAAGAGAUGAUUGUGAGCAAAUGACCGGAAGGUGCGUUUGUAAACCGGGAGUCCAGGGACAAAAAUGUACAAUAUGUACAAACCAUAAUAAGUAUUUGGGCCCCAACGGAUGUGUUUCAGAUGACAUCCAAAGUACUGACUGGCCCUACAGCGGUGUUAAUCCUCAACAAUUCACGCAGCCAGACGAAAUAAGUUCUCCUCUCUCCAAAUCCACCCGUCACCUCCUGGUCCCGGAUCCCAGAUACUAUUACGAAAGAAGCAGUAACGUGCAUCCAGUAUCAUUUCCUGGUACUGACUUCGGUGGAAAUGAGCCCAACUCUAACAUGUUAUACCGUAAUCGUGGUAAUGAAUUUGCUCCGGCGUACCGGCCGACUCCAGCAACCGUACGUGUGUUGACGGCCUUAUUGGGCGAUAUAUGCUCAGAAAAUAGUGACUGUGCCAUUAUGAACAGUCACUGUGUUAAAGGAGCCUGUAUUUGCGUUUCCAACUACAUCGAAUCCUCAGAUCGACAAGAUUGUUUGGCGAAUUCUCCCGAUAUGGAUGAGUUUCCAGCUUGUAGCAGCUCUCCUUGUAACCACGGAGGCACUUGCAUCGACCUACCAGCUUCAACAUAUGCUUGCGUCUGCACAGCUAAUUUUACUGGUUUACUUUGUGAACUUGAAAUUACUCUUACUCAGUACGAAACGCCAGCAUUUCAUGGCAAAUCCUACGCACGACUAAGGUCGCUUAAGGCUUAUCACAAACUAAGCAUAGAAGUAGAAUUCCAAUCAUACACAGAAGAUGGAGUAAUAUUAUACAAUCAACAAAAAGCUGAUGGCUUAGGUGAUUUCGUUUCACUUGCUAUUGUAAACGGUUUCGUUGAAUUUAAGUACAAUCUAGGAAAUGGCGCUGUAUUAAUAAGAUCUGUUGACAAAAUCAAAAAGGGCGAAGACCAUAAGGUUGUUAUUAGGAGGUACCAUCGGGAUGGUGUCUUGAAGUUAGACGAAUCUGAAGAAAUUACUGGACAAUCAAGUGGAUCACUAAAAGCUUUGGAUUUAUUAGAAGACGCUUUUAUUGGAUAUGUUCCAACAAAUUACACAAGAGUUUAUGAUAAUAUUGGUACAUCAAAAGGCUUCCAAGGAUGCAUUAAGAAGCUGAGAAUUGGUAGACAGGAAGUAGAAAUCCAUAUGAGGCAGGAGGAAUGGGUUUUGGAAGUGAGUGGUAUUUACGACUGUUUAGACCACGCUUGCAAAGUUUCGCCAUGUCAAAAUAAAGGAAAAUGUUUAGAAUCUGACCAUUUAUUUAAAUGUGAUUGUCCGUCAAAAUAUACUGGAGACUACUGUGAAAAGUUUGAAGGUUCUUGUAUAGGAGAGCAGUGUAUGUUUGAAACAGAUUGCCAAAAUAAGAAACUGGGGAUACCUUGUCAAGAAGAUUUCAAAAACUUGCAUAAUCUUAUACCAGAAUUUAAUGGUAACAGUUACAUACAGUUUCCAAAACUUCAAGGUAUCAAGAAAAGAUUUUCAAUGGAGAUCAUUUUCAAAACUACAGCAGCCAAUGGUCUUAUUGUUUACAAUGGACAAAUGAAGAAUGGCAAGGGAGAUUUUAUUUCUUUAAAUAUUGCUCGAGGAUAUCUUCAGUUUAGGUUUAACUUGGGAAGUGGAAUCGCCAAUUUAACAAGUUCCAAUCCAAUUACACAAAAUAAGUGGCACAGAGUUAUAAUAUCACGUGAAGGGAGAGAAGGCAGAUUACAAGUCGACAAUUCUACAGAAGUUCGAGGAUAUUCAGGAACUCCAUUGACAGAACUCAAUUUAGAAACUCCACUUUAUAUCGGCUCUAUUAACAAUUGGAAACAAAUACACCGACUCUCAGGAGCUUCAAAAGGUUUUAAAGGCAUUAUUCAAAAAGUCACGUUUAAUCACAUUCCACUACACAUUUCAAGUCCAUUACCAGAUUGUACACCAGCAAUUCCACAGAACGAUUCCCAUUGCGUUUUCAAUAUUGCCUACUACGAAGGCACACCUUGUCCACCAGGUAACAACCCCUGUCUCAACAAUGGAAUAUGCGUUCCAGAACUGGACAAUUUUACUUGUAAAUGUAAUGGAAAAUACAAGGGUCGAUACUGUGAAACAAUAAACUUAAUUAAUACGUUAACAAUACUAACCCUUUUACUAAACAAUAGCGAAAAUUUAACGAACGUUACUGACAACGAUGAAGAAAUUCAAAACAAAACUAUAGAAGAUGAAGAGAUCGAACAUGACAACGAUUUUUUAGAUGAACAUACAUUUGAUUAUGACGUAGAAGAUUUAGAAGUUUUAAGGAAACCAGAACGUGGUAAUAGAUAUGAAAUCAAGAUACGCACAUUUAGAUCUGAAGGACUAAUACUAUGGAGAAGAGGUACUUCAACAUUACCACUAGGCCUACCCAGCUCAUACUACAAAGGCUUCGAAGGCUGCAUCCAGAAGAUCCUCAUCCACGGCAAACCUAUAGACUUACUAGCUAAUAAUGAUAUAAGUAAAAUUAAUUUUUGCCAUGACAAUGAAAUAUAG